GCUGCAGUCGAGUCCUGUUCGUCUCCAAGAGAAGAUUCAUCAGGUUUCUCUCAGCAGCAGUGAGUGCAGACAUGGCUGCUGUCAGCAAUCUGCGAUCUGAAGCUCAUUUUCUGUGCUCCAUCUGUCUGGAUGUGUUCACUGAUCCAGUCACUACACCAUGUGGUCACAACUUCUGCAAAGACUGCAUCACUCAGCACUGGGACAUGAGUCAGAGGUGUCAGUGUCCCAUGUGUAAAGAGACUUUCUGCACAAGACCUAAGAUAAGGGUCAACACCUUCAUCUCUGAGAUGGUUGUUCUGUUCAAAUGUGAAGUUCAGCAGAAAGCCAGCAACAGCCGCUCAGAGCAACAAGCUGCCAAACCAGGAGAAGUUCCCUGUGACGUCUGCACUGGAACCAGACUGAAGGCCACAAAGUCCUGCCUGGUGUGUCAGACCUCCUACUGUCAGACUCACCUGGAGCCUCAUCUGAAAGCUUCACGUCUGGAAAGACAUCAGCUGGUGGAACCUGUGGAGAACCUGGAAGACAAGAUGUGUAAGAAGCAGGAUAAACAUCUGGAGCUAGGAACAAACCACGAGUUUGUUCCUCUGAGAGAGGAAUAUGAAGGAAGGAAGGAAGAGCUGAUGAAGACAGGCUCUGAGGUGGAGCAGCUCUCAUGCUCUGAAGACCACCUCCAACUCAGCACAGACAUGAAGAAGGAGCUGGUUGAGGUUAAGCUGAAGAGCAUCCAGCAGUAUGCAAUGAAUGUGACUCUUGAUCCUGAUACAGCAAAUUCCUGGCUCGUCCUGUCCAAUGAUGGAAAACAAGUGUAUCCCAGUAAUGUGAAGAAGACUCUUCCAGACACCCUGGAGAGGUUUUCUCCGUGUAUAAUGGUUUUGGGAAAGCAGAGUUUCUCUUCAGGCAGAUUUUACUUUGAGGUUCAGGUUAAAGGAAAGACUGAGUGGGAUUUAGGAGUGACCACAGAGUCGUCUGGUCCUGAGAAGGUGGGGGUGUUUGUGGAUUAUGAGGAGGGUCUGGUCUCCUUUUAUGAUGUAGAUGCUGGAACUCUGAUCUACUCCUUUACUGGCUGCUCCUUCACUGAGAAACUCUACCCAUACUUCAGUCCUGGUCUUCAUCACGAUGGCAGAAACUCUGCACCUCUUAUCAUCUGUCCUGUCAAUCAAACUCAUUAA